AUGAGCGCCGCCUUCGCGGGAGGAGGCGGUCCACCCGCGGGGCCUCGAGGACGAAAGGAGAACAACGGACAGUCUCCAUAUGGCGGAUGGCAGCCGGGCAGCAACAGCCAAGGCGAAUUGGGUCCGAAUCGAUCGUUCUAUAUUGAUGAUGCCGACCGCGAGAACUCGAAUCUCCAACCCAACCCUCAUCCAUCAGCCCUCACCGCUAAUUCGAAUCCGAACGAUAAGACACAAUCGAAUCUCAGUCUGGAGGAGAAAGCCAAACGAGAUGGUUCCAGACAGCGAACUUCCACGGAGCUGGGAAGAAGACCAAGCGGGCCGCGUUUCUGCGAGAAAUGUGGUGAGCAGCUGCAAGGACAAUUCGUCAGAGCGUUGGGUGCUCUAUGGCACUUAGAAUGCUUCUCAUGCAGGGACUGUGGUAAAACGGUGGCCCAGAAGUUCUUCCCUCGCGAAGAGGAAGACGGUUCUGGUAAACAGUUUGCCCUCUGCGAGACGGACUAUUUCCGACGCCUGGAUCUUCUCUGUGCCAAAUGCGGUGGUGCUCUGCGGGGUUCUUAUAUUACCGCCGUCGACAAGAAGUACCACAUCGAUCACUUUACGUGCUCUUCGUGCUCCUUGGUGUUUGGUGAAGCCGACAGCUACUACGAGCACGAGAGCAACGUAUAUUGCCAUUACCACUAUUCCACUCGAUACGCUGCUAAGUGCAACGGUUGCCAAAACUCCAUCUUGAAGCAGUUCAUCGAAUUGUUCCGGAACGGAGUAAACCAGCAUUGGCAUCCUGAAUGCUAUAUGAUCCACAAGUUUUGGAACGUCCGAUUAUGGCCUUCUGGUCAAGACGCACCGGAUCGUUCAACGAUCGAAGGCGAUGUUGACCCUAGAGAACGGGAUCGAGUGAUGAAAGCCGAGGAUGGAGUCGAGAACAAGGUCCACUUCAUCUGGAUUUCGUUGUCGAUGUACGAAGAGAAAUCGGCGACUCGAAUAUCGGAUAUGCUCCUUCAAGUCAGCAACGGGCUGUACUAUGAUAGCAUCAAGUCGGCCCGGUACUUCAUCACCCAUUGUGAAGUCCUUUUCAAUGGCUGUACGGAAGUUGAGAGACUCUGUUCCUCGGCACAACCACAGAAGAUUGAGCUUCAUUACGAACGAGAAGCGAAGGUCCUUUGCAAGAAGCUCGUUGGAUUCUUCACGUUGAUGGCGGAAUCCGCCAGGAAUGAUGCUGUACAAGGAGUCAGCCAGGACCUUCUCACGUUGGUAACCGGUCUAGCACAUUACCUGAAGCUCGUUAUCCGUAUUGCUCUCCAGGGGUCGUUGAAGCAUCAGCAUACCAACGGCAGCGACGAGGCGUUGCACAAAUUGCUUGGCAGCGUCAAUGGUCUCGAGGAGACUAUAAAAGUCAGCGGGGAGCCCCCUCAGCAGGAACUCGACAUGCUCGUCACAGUCGACGCAGACCGAUGCAGAGAAUGUGGGGAGAAUACCGAAGGCCGCACCGUCUUGUCGGAUAUCAAGAGGGCCCCGAUGAUGGUGUUCCACCCGCAGUGCAUCAAAUGUUGGAGUUGUCAAAGGCCAUUCCCGGAUCCCAGUCUGGAAGCGUAUUGGUCACGGUCCACAAACAGAGUGGUCUGUAAGGACUGCGUCCGAGCCAAGGAGCCGGCAUUUGACGAUGCUGCGCUUGUCUUUCAUGUUGCGUCUCGUCUGCAGAAUUUCGCGCAUUUGUUGAAGGUAGCACAUGCGAGAUUGCUGGCGUCGAUGAAGCAGAUGAUGAGAAUAACGCAGACGACUGUAGAUGAUUCACUCCUACAGAUGGGAACGACUGGGGGGAUGGGAGAACCCCCGAUGCUAAGCCCAGAUAGUCGUUCAAGAUCAUAUGCGGCGCCGAGUGUCCGUGACGGUGAAAAGGUCGCUGCCUAUCAGGAAAGCAUGGGCAAAAUUUCCCGGAUGAGAUCAACACGGCUCGACAAACGUUUAUCUUCCACCAUGCAACGUGCACGCUCUUCACGCAUCAUCAAUUCGCCUGAAGGUCUCACUGCACGUCCGGGAUCUUCCGAUGAUCAACCAACUCAAGAUCGUGGUUUGAUGCAAAUUAUUGAUCAAGAAGAACCUUACACCUCACCAUCCCUAGGUGUUGCUGGCCACUCUUUUGGUACUGGUCCCGUCCUUGACGACCUCCCGCGGCUGUUCGCCCGCGAACAGGCCAGACAACUUCACCCGAACGCCGCGAGAUACGCUGGUGACAAUCUCAUUCCGGAAGACAACAUGUUCAGAGGAGUCAAGUAUCUAAAUGGGCAUGCGCGGCAGACUUCCGGAGAUCAGAACGGUAAUGGCAUUCCUACCGGCUAUCAACAGCAGAAGAAAUAUUUCAGCCAACUCUCUCCCGUCGACGGCUUCAUUGUCAAGCACGUAUCCGUUACGGUCCUAUCUUCAUCUCCCGGCGGAGAUUUCACUCAAGACGAACUCUUAUCCCUCAUCGAGACACGCAGCAAUUCCGUCUGGAAACGCCUAUUCGCCAAAAACGACCGUUCAAAACAGAAAACACGAAACCGAGCAACGGUCUUUGGCAAUGACCUUGCCUUUGUCAUCGAGCACAAAGGUGCUGAAACCACCGACUGCGUUGGACCUGGCUCUCUCCGUGUCCCUGCCGUCCUCGCUGACGCCAUCACUGCAAUGCACAACAUGGACAUGACCGCCGAGGGCAUCUUCCGCAAGAGCGGGAACAUUGGCAAGCUUCGCGAUCUGGCCUCCAAGAUCGAUGCCGAUGGCUCAGACUCCUCUGAGCUCAUCAAAGAAGGCCCAAUUCAAGUUGCUGUUCUCAUCAAGCGAUUCCUCCGCGAUCUCCCAGAGCCUCUCCUGACAUUUAAGCUCCAUAAACUCUGGAUCCACACUGCCAAAAUCACACAUCAGGAAACUCGUCUUCGUGUGCUUCAUCUCACAGUCUGUCUUCUUCCAAAGCCCAACCGUGACACCUUGGAAGUGCUCUGCAGCUUCCUCGCUUGGGUUGCUUCUUUCAGCCUCGUGGACGAGGAGACUGGCUCGAAGAUGGACAUGCAUAACCUUGCGACCGUCAUCGCACCAAACAUUCUUUAUGAGAAAGCUGCAGAUGAUAAGAGAACACUGCCAGAUCCCAGCAUCAGCUUCCUUGCGAUUGAGACUGUGUUCAACCUGAUCCAACACGUCGAAGAGUUUGCUGAGGUCCCAGCUGAUAUCCAGCACAUCAUGUCCGAUCCCACCUUGUUUGGAGAUGCUCCAACGGAGAUCACCACGAAGGAAAUCCUCAAGCGUGUCACCGAAUACGCCAACCGUCCCAAGGGGGAGCAGCCCUCCCAAGCCGUUCAUACUCGCCAGAAUGAUUCUCGCUCCGCAGCUCCCGUUGUCCACAAUCAGGAUUCGUCGGCUUGGGGACAUACUGAGGCGACCGUUGCCGGACCGAGUGGUACCCGACCCUAUCGAUCUCAAGCCGAGGUGGUUGGAAGCGCACAACCAAUCCGAUAUCCUGUUGGAAAUGGACAUGCGGUUUAG